CAAUGCGGGGCCAAACACUAGCAGUAUGAGUGCCAAAGUUCAUAAACUUGCCAAGCUAGAUCCUUCAUGUAAUGUUGCAUUACUUAAUAAUCUGGGAAGACAUAAGAUUGGAUCAAAGAAAAGGAACAUUAGAGCAUCAUAUGAUUCCGUUCCAUCUUCAUUAAUGAGCGAAAGUGAGGCAUCACAAAGUAAGAAAGAAGAACAGCAAGAUCCUGAUGAAAGG